UUGUUUCUGUCAGCAAAUAAAUAGGAGUAAAUCUCUCUGCAGUGAUCACACCCCUCCUCAACAAUCCUUCAGUACUCGUGUGUUGCCAGAAAGGAAAGCUUCAUUCAAAAUGAAAUUCAUCCUGCUGACUGCCUGCAUCGUUGGGAUGGCUGUCUGUGCCCCUCUGCAGUCGUACAUGGAGUUUGACAUCCGUCACGCUCCCGCUGAGGCAGCCCAGGCCUUUCCUGUGGGAGUCCCAGUUGGAACUCUGGAUGUUCUGCUCCCGGUUGAUGACCAGAAGCGACCUAUUGGAGGACCUGUCCGAGGCUUCAUCAGGCAGGAGAUCCUUGAGCCAAACGGUAGAGACACCAAGGACGUGUACUACCCCUUUGGUUUUGACCUGCCUGUUGCUGCCCCUGCUGCUCCUGUUGCUCCUGCUGCUCCUGUUGCUCCUGUUGCUCCUGUUGCUCCUGCAGCUCCUGCAGCUCCAGUUGCUCCUGUUGCCCCUGUUGUACCCAUCGUUGCUGCUAGUGCCCCUGCUGCCAGAUCCAGCGAAGAUGAUGAUGAUGAUGACGAUGACUAAACAAUCAGAGUCAGCAGGAUAGGAGGAGGUGACCAAUGCAGUCCACCCCGGUGAAAGAUGAACAGCCAACACUGCUGUUUCCCAAAGUAU